CCCACUUUGCUCUUACUAUUAACAAAUUAUUUCUCUUCGAACAAAAAUAAAAUAAAACCUAUAAUUGCACUUUAAUCCUUCUUCUUCUUCUUGUAUCAAUGGAGUUCUCUGAAGGGUCCAACAAAAGUUUGAUGGACAAAGAAACAUGUUGUAAUAAUAACAAUGGUGUUACAAUUAGGACAGCACAAAACAUGUCGAGUUCGUUUAUGCGUAAGAAAUCGGACCCGAUACUGGUGUCAACGAUACGAUUUCGGAUUCUUAGGGAGUUGUUAGCAAAUUUGCAAGAAGUGAUUUUAGGUACUAAGCUUGCUGUUCUUUUUCCUGCAAUCCCUUUAGCCAUUGCUGCUGAUUUCUAUAAGUUUGGAAGACCGUGGGUAUUUGCUUUAAGUUUGCUUGGACUUACACCACUUGCUGAGCGUGUUAGCUUCCUAACUGAGCAAAUUGCGUACUUUACAGGUCCAACAGUUGGAGGACUCCUAAAUGCAACAUGUGGGAAUGCAACAGAGCUUAUAAUAGCACUAUUUGCACUUUACAGAAACAAAAUACAUGUUCUCAAGUACUCUCUAAUGGGCUCCAUUCUCUCAAAUCUCCUCCUUGUUCUUGGCACUUCUCUCCUUUGUGGAGGCCUCGCCAACCUCAAAAGAGAGCAAAGAUAUGAUAGGAAGCAAGCUGAUGUGAACUCUGGGCUGUUGUUGUUGGGAUUGCUUUGCCAUAUGUUGCCAUUGAUGUUUAAAUAUGCAGUAAAACCUGAAACUGGGGUUUCCAUUGCUGAAUAUACAUUGGAGCUGUCAAGAGCAAGCAGUGUGGUGAUGCUUGUUGCUUAUAUUGGAUAUAUUGUCUUCCAGCUUAAGACUCAUAGGCAGAUUUUUGACUCUCAAGAGGAAGUUGAAGAUGAAGAUGAAGAAAAGGCAGUGAUAGGGUUUUGGAGUGGAUUUAGCUGGUUGGUUGGUAUGACACUCAUCAUUGCUUUGCUAUCUGAGUAUGUGGUGGGCACAAUUGAGGCUGCAUCAGAAACAUGGGGCAUUUCCAUUAGCUUCAUCAGCAUAAUUUUGAUACCCAUUGUAGGGAAUGCAGCUGAACAUGCUGGAGCUAUCAUUUUCGCCUUUAAAAACAAACUGGACAUAUCUUUGGGUGUUGCUUUGGGUUCUGCAACUCAAAUCUCCAUGUUUGCUGUUCCAUUAUGUGUUGUGGUUGGGUGGAUUAUGAGAAUCAAAAUGGACCUUGAUUUCAAUCUUCUCGAAACUGGUUGUCUUGCUUUAACAAUACUUGUUGUUGCCUUUACUCUACAGGAUGGAACUUCACAUUACAUGAAAGGAGUGGUACUUUGCCUUUGUUAUGCAGCCAUUUCUGCAUGUUUUUUUGUUCAUAAAAUUCCAGCACCACUGGAUCAAACUAAUGUCCAAUCGGGACUCAACCCAUCGUUGUCAGCCUAGGCGGCCGCCGCCUUUUACACCGGAAAUACCCCAAGGAUGACGUCAUUCCAAGCAUCGAUUUUCUUGGACCGUAUGAAAAAUAUUUACAUUUUGGAAAUUUGAGCACUGAGAAGAUAAGGAGUAGUGUUUGAGGCCAUUUUUCAAGUUGAGAGAGAGAGGGAGAAAACCCAUUUCUCAUUUGAAAAUGUUGUUUGUAAACAAGCUCUGUUUAUGGGAUUCCUUAAUAAGGUUUUUGUCAUCAUUUCAUUAUAUGCUUACCAAAGCAAACAUAAAUACCACUUGCUUUUUUUUAUUUGAGAUGUUUGUAAAAUUUGCCAAGAAUUCUUGUGGAAUUUGGAUAUCUUUUUUAAAUGAAAUGUUGUGGUUAGAAAUUUAUUUUAAAGAGAA